UAUUUUCACUCUAGAGUUAACAUAAAAAUGUUAUAAUUAACAUGACAAAUUUUAAUUAUAAACUGACAAAUUUUUUCAAAUAUAUUUCAAUAAUAUCGAAAAUGAACGCAGAAGACACGUUUAAAUUUUUAGAAAUUGUGCAAGGAGAAGAUAUCCUUUGGAAUAUUAAAUCCAAUGGAUACAAAAAUGUUAAAGAACGAUCAAAAUUGUGGAGCGAAAUCGGGUCCAAAUUUAAUCUUUCUGGGGACGAAGCAUACAAAUAUUUUAGGAAACUACGGGAGAAAUGUAGACGAGAAACAAAUAAAGAUAAAUUACAAGAACGAAGUGCAUCUUCUCAAACAAAACCAUCGAACUGGAUUUUUAAAAAGCAUUUAGAGUUUUUAAGCGAUGCUUUUAAGUCAAGAAGUGUUAAUAGUUCCUUAGAAUGGGACAACAAAGAAUUUAACAUUGAAUACUUAGAAGAUUGUGUUCCAGAGAUUUUUGAUUUAACGCAAAACUCAUCGGAUGCCUCUAGUACAUCGAAAUCAAUUGAAAUGCCAAAAUUAAUAAUAAAAUCGCCGCCAAAAAAGAAAUUGACGCAGGAGAAACAUUUUGAAGAAAUCAUAAAUACGAACACUCAGCAACUUAUUCAAGCAUUAAAUGCAAAUGAAGAUACAACCCCAUUUGAUGGAGUAAUUGAAUUUAUUAAAGAAACUCUCAAACAACAAAGUGAAAGCACCCGAAUCCUGCUAGAAAAAGAACUAAUGGAAAUAACUCUUAAAUAUAGAUAUAACACAUAA